AGAAAAUGGUUUCACAACAGCAAGAAUGCGAAGAGAAAUGGCUGAUGCAUUACUCCUCACUUCAUCAGAUACUUGUAGUGGGCGAUGGAGACUUCUCUUUUUCUCUGUGUUUGGCAAACUCGUUUGGCUCUGCUUUUAACAUUCUCGCUUCUUCUCUCGAUUCUUACGAUAUGGUGACAAAAAAGUACAAGAAUGCAAAAUCAAACUUAGAGAAAUUGCGGCAUUUGGGAGCCACAAUUUUGCAUGGAGUGGAUGCUAUCAAAAUGAAGCUGCAUACUGAUCUCCGGAUGAGGAAAUUCGACCGCAUUAUAUUUAAUUUUCCCCAUGCAGGUUUCCAUGGGAAGGAAGAUAACGUUCGCCUUAUCCAAAUGCAUAGGACUCUUAUCCAUGGGUUCUUUAGGAAUGCAAGUGGCAUGCUCCGAGCGUAUGGUGAAAUUCAUGUCAGCCACAAAACAACAGCGCCAUUCUGUCACUGGAAUCUUGCUGAAUUGGCAUCAAAGAGUUCAUUGGUUUUGAUUGAUUGCAUUGAUUUCAACAGUGCAGAUUACCCUGGUUACAAUCAGAAAAGAGGAGAUAGUGCGAGGUGUGAUGAGCCUUUUCCAUUGGGCAAGUGCAGUACCUUCAAGUUUAUAUUCUCACCAUCUGCAAAGAAAAUUCCCAAUUCUUUACAUCACAAUGGGUUAGCUCAAAGGCAUCCCAGAGUUUCAGUUACAAUGCCACAACUUCCAACUACAUUGCCCCGAGUUCUUGAGGCUCCUUGCCCAAUCCCGCAACUUUCAACCCCAUUUGAUGCUCCUAUUGCUCCAUAUUCUUUCAGUGCCCACACUGUGUCGAAUGGCUCGUCUCACUGUGCUGGAUUGGCUCAAAGUCAUCCCCGAGUUUCUGUUACAAUGCCACAACUUUCGACUACAUUGCCCCGAGUUCUUGAGGCUCCUUGCCCAAUACCACAAUUUUCAACCACAUUUGAUGCUCCAUAUUCUUUCAAUGCCCAUACUGUGAUGAAUGGCUCUUCUCACUGGGCUGGAUUUCCGCAAACCUCAGAGAAAGAAAAUUUACAGAUCUUCGGUGGGUAUUUUAAUCAUGCCAGGGAAACAUUUGGGAAGGUGGAGUAUAACAUCGAAUCAUCUGUUUGUAAACAAUAUAUCAUGCAUGCUUGAAAUACAUGGUGGAAAGGCCAGGAGGUAGCUUGAGUCUUUUGGAACAGCUUUACCAUUUGAGUAGCACAAUCAAGAUCAGCAGGGUUGAGAGAGAAUCUGCUUUGCCUUAAUCAACAGCUCAUGUAAGCUCCUCACUUUUAGUUGAGGGAUUUGAUGGCACCUUGCUAUCAUGCUUAAGCACUAGCACAAGUUUAUGGUCAUCUGAGGAUGUUGAGUCUGUGAAGUAUGGCUAAUAAGUUUUAUCCAUUAUAUCUAUAAAAUGUGCUUUUUAAGUAUUUGUUUAUGUUUUUCUAGUUGGGUGUCUGAGUUUGAUGAUGUUGUCUCAACUAAAAGGCUACAAUCCAGUAGUGAACAGAGAAAUUGUGCAGUUCAUUUUGUAAUGGUGUAGCCUAGACUUUUGACUUUGGCAAUCCUUUUCUUGGGAACUUGUGCAUA